AUGGAGAAGAAAAUACUGGUGGCAGCGGUGAAGAUGAGGAUGGCAGCACCGGAGAAGAAACCAUUGAAGGCACCGGUGAAGACGAGGUAAGU